AUGUUGAACGACAUCAACGGUGCCUCUAAUGGCGUCAACGGCCAUGCUCCCACCAAUGGCCAGACUUCCACUAACGGCUAUGCUUCCACCAACGGCUCCCAUACCAACAACAAUGGAGUAAGUGGAAACGGGCACACCAAUGGCCACACAAAUAGCCACAACAAUGGUUACACACCCAGCGUGAGCUCUUCCGACUCUUCCACCGCCGAGCCAAUCGCCAUCUGUGGCAUGUCAGUUCGUCUCCCAGGCGGUUUGCACUCACCACAAGAUCUCUGGGACUUUCUAGUCAACAAAGGCGACGCUCGUGGCCCUGUGCCCGAGUCGAGAUACAAGGCUUCCUCCUUCUGGUCCGAAACUACCAAGCCUGGCACAGUCAAGACCCAGCAGGGUUACUUUCUCGACGAGAGUAUAGACAUUGCAAGCGUGGAUACCUCUUUCUUUACAAUGCGCAAGGCUGAGGUAGAGCGCGCUGAUCCACAGCAGCGUCAGAUGCUUGAGGUUGCAAGGGAGUGCCUGGAGGAUGCAGGCGAGUUUGACUGGAAAGGUCGGGCCAUUGGCUGCUACAUGGGUAGCUUUGGUGAGGAUUGGACUGAGAUGUUUGCCAAGGAGGCUCAGCAGUACGGUCUUUACCGUGUCACAGGAUACGGAGACUUUAUGCUACCCAACCGUGUCUCAUAUGAGCUAGACCUCAUGGGCCCUAGCAUGGUGGUUCGUACUGGAUGCUCUGCAGCUCUUGUUGCACUCCACGAAGCCUGUCUUGCAGUCUCUCGCGGUGACUGUGAAGGUGCCAUCGUCGGCGGCGCCAACUUGAUAAUGGCCCCUGGAAUGACCAUGGCUAUGACAGAACAAGGUGUACUAGCGCCUGAUGGUUCAUGCAAGACCUUUUCCGCCGACGCCAACGGCUAUGCCCGAGGUGAGGCAGUCUCAGCCAUCUUCAUCAAGCCCCUCCGCGAUGCCAUCCGUGACGGCAACCCCGUUCGAGCAGUCAUCCGUUCCACAGCCUCUAACAGCGACGGUAAGGGUACUGCGGGAGGUAUUCAAGUACCCAAUGAUGUCGCUCAAGAAGCCAUGAUUAGACAAGCAUAUGCAAUCGCUGGCAUCAACGACUACUCCCAAACGGCGUUUGUUGAGUGUCAUGGAACUGGAACAUCAAUUGGAGAUCCUAUCGAAACUAGAGCCGUUGGGAGAGUGUUUGGUCCCUCUGGAGGUGUGCUUAUAGGCUCUGUCAAGCCCAAUCUUGGACAUUCAGAGGGAGCCUCGGGUCUCACAUCGCUUAUCAAGGCGGCGUUGGCCUUGGAGAACCGCACCAUUCCUCCCAACAUCAAAUUCAACCAGCCUAACCCUGACAUCCCGUGGUAUUGUGGACUAUCUGUUCCCACAGAGCCCACAGCGUGGCCGGAUUCCAAGCAUGAGCGUGUCAGCGUCAACUCCUUUGGCAUUGGCGGGACCAAUGCUCAUGUCAUUCUCGACUCUGCUCACAGCUUCGACCUCUCUCCGCCUGCAAAACGAGCCACCACAUCACCCCAGUUGUUGGUAUUUUCCGCAAAUGGAGGAGACUCUCUUCGAACUAUGAUAGAAAACUACCAAGAUUAUAUCGAGAAGAACCCUGAUAGAGUCAACGACCUUGCCUAUACACUAGGUCGCAAACGCGAGCACCUGCCACAUCGGGCUUUUGCUGUGGCGAGCCCUCUUGGCUCCCUGACAACCUCUCUCAUCUCCAAAGCAAGUGGAAAACCAAACGUUGUUAUGGUAUUCACCGGCCAGGGCGCUCAAUGGCCUCGGAUGGGCAGAGCCUUGAUUCAGAAUUCUCAAUUUCCUGUCUUCAAGCAGACCAUUCAGGCAUUGGAUGCCCAUUUGCAGUCUCUGGACGACGCACCAGAAUGGAGUAUUGAGAGAGAGCUUCAAAAGUCCAUCAAAACAAGCAGACUCAGCUCAGCCGAGCUGUCACAGCCUCUGUGUACUGCUAUACAAGUCGCCCUCGUCGACACGCUCGCUUAUAUCGGUAUCCAGCCUGCAGCUGUGGUAGGCCACUCCAGCGGCGAAGUUUGCGGUGCAUAUGCCGCAGGUGCCAUUACUGCCGAGGAAGCCAUCACCAUUGCAUUCUACCGUGGCCUAGUUACCAAGCUACAGACGAAGCCAGGCUCUAUGGCUGCGAUUGGAAUGGGCGCUGAGGAGAUCCAGGAGUACCUACAGCCUGGAGUUGUUGUGGCCUGCGAAAACUCGCCGCGUAGUGUUACCAUUGCCGGCGAUACUGAGGCAGUAGAGAAGAUGGUGGUCCAGAUCAUCAAGGAGUCCCGGCCUGAUGUUGCGGCGCGGCUCCUCCAGGUCGAUAUGGCGUAUCACUCCCACCACAUGGAAGAGAUUGGCAGCGAAUACUACGCUCUCAUGAAGGACAAGAUUUCGCCCAAGAUGCCCACGAAACUCUUCUUCAGCAGUGUCAAAGGAGAGUUGCUAACUGAAGCCGCUGAAUUUGGUCCUCGUUAUUGGCAGACCAAUAUGGAGUCUCAGGUUCUCUUCAAUACUGCUGUUUCGGCUAUCAUCAACCACGAGAUUGCCAAAGACGCAGUCUUCUUAGAAGUUGGUCCCCAUUCAGCCCUUGCUGGACCAUUACGUCAGAUCCAAGCCCACCAUUCCACUUCUUCGCCCUAUAUAUCUGCCCUCACCCGUCACCAGAACGACGUGGAAUCGUUCUUGACAUGUGUAGGUAACCUACAUAACCUCAACGCUGGUGUCGACCUGACCAAGGUCAUUCCUCAAGGCUUAGCUCUGCCUGACCUACCACGAUACCCUUGGAAUCACUCUGAGAGGUACUGGUAUGAGUCAAGACUCAGCAAAGAAUGGCGGCUGCGAGAGUACAAAUACCAUGACCUUUUGGGCGUUCGCGUCCCAGAAAGUCUCGACUUCGACAUACUCUUCCGCAACUUAUUCCAUCUUGACAACGCACCAUGGAUCCGAGACCAUAAAGUUGGUGACGAUAUCGUCUUCCCUUUCGCUGGAUACGCAGGUAUGAUUGGCGAGGCAGUGCGACAGGUAACCCAUGUGGAUGAGGCCUUUAAGCUGCGAAAUGUUGUUGUCAGCACGGCUCUUGUUCUGAACGAAGGCAAGCCCGUCGAGAUUAUGACGACGCUUCGCCGUAGGCGCUUGACCAACUCCCUCGAUAGCGAAUGGUGGGAGUUCACCAUCGCUUCAUACAACGGGACUCUAUGGACAAAACACUGCUCUGGCGAAGCCAGGUCGUUUAGCGAAGGGCUUGGCGAUGCAGAUGUUCAGGCCCCUUUCCUGCGCAAGGUCGACUCGCGUCGCUGUUAUGAAUCCAUGGCCAGGUCAGGGUUGAACUUUGGGCCUGAGUUCCAACGGCUCGAUCACAUUCGCGCUGAUACACUUGAUCAAAAGGCUGCGUCACGAGUCACUGGUAAGCCUGGAGACGAUGUCGAUUACCACCUCCACCCUACCAUCAUCGAUGCAUCUCUUCAACUUCUUAGUGUUGCUGCAUCUAAGGGUUUUGCCAAUCCUUCGGACAAGACCAUGGUGCCAACUCACAUCGAUGAAAUGUGCAUCUACCGCUCUGCAACAGUUGGUGAUGUUGAAGUUGGAGCGACUGCAUCCUAUACUGCUAGCGGUUCCAUUGCAGGCAGUGGCCAAGCUGUUGACGCCCAAGGUCAACUUGUUCUUCGAAGCACGGGCAUCAAACUCUCCAUCGUUGAAGGGCAGAGUGGGGAUAAGCAGGUUGAGCCGAGUGCCCACGCAGAAUGGGCUCCUCAUAUCGACUUCUUGGAUGCAAACACUCUCAUCAAGUCUUCUAUAGACCGAAGCCAACACAUGCCUGCUCUAACGACACUGUCGCACCUGUGCAUGGUGCAUAGUAAGCGGGUGAUUGCAAAGUUGGAAACCACGAUCCCGCAUAUGCAUAAGUACCGAUCAUGGAUAAAUGAACGAAUUGAAAUAGACGACCUCAAGUCUCUUGACGCACUGGACGACGCCGAGCUAGAGCAGAAGAUUGAUGAGCUGGCUGAGGAGCUGAAGCAAACCUCGGCCGUAGACGCUGCAGUUGCCAUUCAGAAGAUAUUCGCCAACGUCGGCAGUAUCUUCACAGGCGAGACAGAGGCCCUUGAAGUUUUGUUGUCCGACGAUACUCUCAACAAACUCUACAUCUUCAUGGAUCAGUGCGACGAAUCGCAAUUCUUGACUCAUCUGGCCCAUAGCAAGCCGAAUCUACGUGUCCUCGAGAUCGGUGCCGGAACUGGUGGCUCAACCGCUCAACUUCUGGAGCAUCUGACCCCAGCUGGAAGGGUGCUGUACUCCAACUAUACCUUUACCGAUAUCUCGUCUGGAUUCUUUGUCGGUGCAAAGGAACGCUUCAAGACGUCUCCCAACAUGGAGUUUGCAACGCUGGAUAUCAGCCAAGACCUGUCCGAGCAGGGCUUUGAGGGACGGCAAUACGACCUCAUCUUGGCUACGAAUGUUAUCCACGCGACCAAGUCACUGAACGAAAGUCUGACCAACGUGCGAAAGUUGCUGAGCCGUGAUGGCAGAUUCUUGCUCCACGAACUGACCCCCACUUCGAAAUGGGUGAACUAUGUCUGGGGCACACUUGCAGGAUGGUGGUAUGGCGACAGUGAUGGUAGACCCGAUGAGCCCUACAUCAGCAUUGAUCGUUGGACUAGAGAGUUGCAGGCUGCUGGAUUCCGUGUCCCAGAUGCAGCAGUCCUUGACUCAGCCGAGCCAAAUCAGCUCAAUGCAAUGAUUGUCGCUAGGCCAGCUAUCACCGAAAGUGUUAAGAAGCAUGUGACAAUUCUGACUCUUUCGGAUGCUGAGAGUAAAGGUCAAGCAAAACUGCGUCAGAGUCUGGAAUCAAGAGGAUAUUCUAUCCAUCGUGCAGGGAUCGCCGACUUGUCUAUUCCCCAUGGACAAGACGUACUGGCUCUACUGGAUGAAGAUGAACCGUUCUUUGAGAAUAUCGAUCAAGAAAGGUUUGAGUCUUUUAAGAACUUCACAACCAAUCUCAAAGACGCCGGCAUUCUUUGGAUCACGCAUCUAUCCCAGGUUGGCUGCUCCGACCCUCGGUUCGGUCAGGUUCUGGGAAUAUCCAGGACCCUUCGGUCUGAAUUACUCCUAGACUUUGGAAUCUGCGAAGUCGAAGAUGUGGCCUUGUCUUCGGAAAGGAUCGUUGACGUUUUUGAACGAUUUCAGGUGCGCCAAGAGGAUGAUGUUCUGAAGCCCGACUACGAGUAUGCUAUUGUCGACAACACCAUCCAAGUCGGGCGAAUCUAUCCAUUUUCCGCCCAGAGUAAUCUGUUUUUGCCUAGUCAGAACGACCCUAUUGCGCUUCGGACAAGCAAGCCUGGAAAGCUAGAUGCUUUGCACUGGGCCAGCUACGAGGCCCCUGCACUUCAGAACGAUGAUGUCGAGAUCAAUGUCCAAGCUGCUGGUUUGAACUUCAAGGACGUUUUGUGCGCCAUGGGCAUCGUCGAGGGCGCAAAUGGCUUUGGGCUUGAGGGCGCUGGUAUCGUAAGCCGCAUCGGACCUAAUGUCGAGGGACUCAAGGCUGGAGACAGAGUCAUGUUCAUAUCCCACUCUGCAUUUUCGACGCAUGUUGUCGUCUCGGAGAACCUCUGCGAGAGAAUUCCUGACGAACUCAGUUUUGAAGAUGCAGCGACUAUGCCCUGCGUGUUCGCCACGUCGUACUACUCCAUCUUCAAUAUCGGCAAUCUCAAGAAAGGACAAUCGAUACUCGUUCACAGUGCCUGUGGUGGCGUCGGAAUCUCUACUAUUCAGCUUGCUCAGAUGGCUGGCGCGACUAUCUACGCAACAGUCAGUAGCGAGGAGAAGAUCAAAUAUCUCGAAGACACCUUUGGUCUAGAUCGCAGCUGUAUUUUCAACUCUCGCAAUGACUCAUUUGUCGAGGGCGUCAUGUCUAAAACCAAUGGCCAGGGCGUUGACUUGGCGCUCAACUCAUUGUCGGGAGAGCUUCUUCAUGCUACUUGGAAGUGCAUUGCGCCAUUUGGCAAGAUGGUUGAGAUCGGUAAACGAGAUUUGAUCGGGUCAGGGAAGCUUGACAUGAGCAUUUUCGAGGACAAUCGCACCUACUCCUGCGUCGACUUGGAUCAGCUUUGUUUCCAACGAGGGACCAUCGCAAAAGAACUACUCAAAGACAUUGUCCGACUGUACGAAGGUCGUCAGAUUCAACCCAUCCGACCUAUCAAGGUCUUUGGUCCACAGGACAUCCUUGAUAGCUUCAGGUACAUGCAGCAAGGUGUACACCUUGGCAAGAUUGUUGUAUCGAUGGGUGCAACUUCCAUCUCCGAGUUGGAAGUCAAGCCCCGAAGUGAGACUGUUAGCUUUGAUAGCUCGGGUGCCUAUCUGCUUGCUGGUGGACUUGGAGGCCUUGGUCGUUCCAUCUCGACGUGGAUGGUCCAGCGUGGAGCGCGCCAUCUCAUCUAUCUCUCCCGCAGCGCAGGAACGCAAGAGAAGCAUCUCGAUCUGGCUCGAGAACUCGGCAGUCUGGGCUGCCACGUGGACUUUGUUCAAGGUAGCAUUACCAGCCUUGAAGAUGUGACUGACGCAGUUGCUCGAGCUAAUGGUCACCUCAAGGGAAUAUUGCAAAUGUCCAUGGUUCUGUGCGACCAGGGCUUCUCGAACAUGACAAUAGACGAGUGGAACACUGCGGUUGACCCCAAGAUCAAAGGCACCUGGAAUCUACACAAUGCCUCUCUUGCCGCCAAUGCGGAUCUGGAUUUUUUCGUCCUCUUCAGCUCUCUUUCAGGCAUCAUUGGACAGCGUGGACAGGCAAACUAUGCUGGAGCAAAUACCUUCCUCGACGCCUUUGCGCAGUACCGAACAGGCCUAGGCCUACCAACGUGUUCCAUAGAGAUUGGAGCAGUCGAGGAGGUGGGAUACAUGGCUGAGCACCAGUCAAUCAUGCAAAAACUCAAGGCUUCUGGUGGUUCAGAUGGCACAGCAUCCGAGCAGGAGCUGCUUGAGGCUCUGGGCGCUGCCAUGACCAAGAAAUCCAGCAGCUUCUGCCUUGGCCUGCGCUCGAACGUGUCCCUCAGUGACCCUUCAAAUCGAUCCCUCUGGAAGAAAGACAUGCGCAUGGCCGUGUUCCACAACAACGGAGACGCCACAAACACCUCUGGGGGCGCUACCAACGACGAGCUUAAGUCAUUCAUCGCAAAGGCUAAGCAGGAUCCCUCCCUCCUCAAGCAUCCAGAGUCAUCUCGCCUGCUCGCUGUGGAGAUUGGCAAAAAGGUGUUUGGAUUUCUUCUCAAGCCUGUAGAAGAUCUACAGACAACGUCAUCACUGUCUGACUUGGGGAUGGAUUCACUGGUAGCGAUUGAGGUUCGUCAAUGGUGGAAAACUGUUUUCCAAUUUGACAUUAGUGUGCUUGAGAUGAUGGGGAUGGGCAGUCUUGAUGUGCUUGGGGAGCAUGCUGCUAAAGGUAUGCUACAGGUAUUCCAUGGUGAGGGGGACAGCUAG